AAUAAUAAGUACAAAUAUUCUAAUAUAACUUAUUUGUCAUAUUUAGCCAAUAAAUUAAAAUCAUUUUUGAUUGCAACUAUUUCUUAAAAAAAAUGAUUGUUAUCAACCGCUAUUGUUUAAUAUUUUUAAUUUUAAAUGAUCGCGAAUUUCGUAAAAUCAUUCCAAAUAAAUCCAUUAAAUUAUACAUCGAUAAGACGAAAAAAUGAAUGGGUUACAAAACGAAGAGCAAAAUAUAUUUUCAAAUAUGGUUUACCCAUACAUCCUCCUAAUAUACUCACAUAUAAAAACCAUGUUUUAGCUUAUGAUGCUUCACGUAAAAUACCAUUUUGGGUAGCUGAAGUUAUAACAAAGGAUAAAAUAUUUGGUCAAGCUAAAAGAGAUGACAAUAAGUUCCGCCCAGAUCCUAGAGUUCUUCAAGAUUUUUCUGCAACUAAUGAUGACUACAAAAAAUCUGGUUGGUCUAGGGGUCAUAUGAGUGCUGCAGGAAAUCACAAAAACAAUCAGCAAUAUAUGGAUGAAUCGUUUUACUUGACAAAUAUUGUACCCCAGGACUUUGUUAACAAUGCAAAAUUUUGGAAUAAAUUUGAAGGAUUUUGUAGAAAACUUGUUUUGAAAUAUAAAGAAAUUAGAGUCAUAACAGGUCCAAUUUUUCUUCCAAAUGAAUUUGAGAAUCAAAAAAAAUUUAUAAAAUAUGAAGUAAUUGGUGAAAAUAAUGUUGCAGUUCCGACUCAUUUAUUUAAAAUAAUAUUGGCUGAAGACAACAUAAAUGGGGAUUUACAUCAUGCCUCAUUUGUGGUUCCAAAUUCUCCUAUACCAGAUGAUAAAGAGUUAAUUGACUAUUUAAUCCCUACCAGAAUUAUUGAAAAAAAUGUUGGAUACAAAUUUUUGAAUGAAAAAUUACUCAAAUCCUCAAAUAUUUUAGAUCUUUGUGAUAAAAUAGUAUGUAGAUUUAGAUCUAGAAAGAAAAAAACCAAUGAUGACAUUUAAAUACAAAUUAAUAAAUUUUUUAUAGGGUUUUUUAUAAUAAAUUCACUGCAGGGUUAAAUUUACAAUGUAUUUUUACAUUCGACUUUGACAUCAAUUUCCAUUUUAAAUUUAAUUUAUUUUGCCUAUUUUAUGAUAUGAAAGCUU